AUGGAGGAGCACGCGUGCCUGGUCCGCGCGCGUUCUGAUUCCGAGAGCUCGUCGAAGCUCGGCAGUUUCGGAUCUAUUGCCCACACCAUGGCCUAUACGGAAGAUAGACUUACUGGUGUGGAAGGGGGCGGUGAACCUGGCAACACCAAUACCCUAGCAGCUGCACCACCAGACAACAACGACGUGAAUGACAGCGGGGAGCUCUUAGACUACAACGAUUCGAGUGUUCUUGAACAGUUCCACGAAGAUGCUUUAAGACAGGCCGGCUGCGGCCUAUCGCAAGGGCGAGUUAUCCUCGCCGUGGGCUUAGCCGUCAUCGGUUCAGCGUUAGAGAUGUCAUCCAUCCCAUUUGUGUUGCCGUCUGCUGAGAUAGAGCUCUGUGUAUUGCCACAUGAGAAAAAUUGGUUAGUGAUGAUCAGCAUAAUGGGAGGUUCCCUCGGAGCGGUAGGGUGGGGGGCGCUAGGGGAGAGGCUGGGAAGGCGCAGGGCGUUGUUAUCAGCGCUGGCUGUCAAUUCAGUAUUUGCUGCGAUUGCUGCAUUCAUGCCGACUUAUGGCACGUUUAUGAUGGCCAGGUUUUGCUCGGCCAUCGGUUCAGGCGGUAUAAUACCAACCGGUUACGUGUACUCGGCGGAAAUGAUUUCGCGGUCGAAGCGCAACCUGCCCCUCGCGCUAUUCCCGGUGUGCAUGGGCGCCGGCAUCCUGGUGGCUGCGGGGCUCGCCAGGACCAUCCUGCCCCUCACGGGGGCCGAGGCCUUGAUCGAGAACAAGGAGCACUUCAGCGCAUGGCAUAGAUACCUCCUCCUUUGUAUGUUGCCAGUUCUCGCGUCGCUCAUCAGCUUAAUAUGGACACAGGAAUCGCCCCGCUACCUUCUAGAUGUCGGGAGAGAAGUCGACGCUAUGAUGGUCUACCAGAGUAUACACAGCGGCAAUCAAAUCCGGGUGUGUCGCAAGGCAAGCGUGGCCAACGACUCGGAAUAUCGUCUGGGCGAGUUGUCUCUGCCCGGCAAGAGGCGCCCCCCGGCGCUGCACCACGUCAGACAUAGUGUCAAAAUGUUCUGGCAGACAUUCUUCCAAUUGUUCUCGAACACAUAUAGAAAUACUACGCUGUCUUUGGGUGGGACACUUCUCUUCUCUAUGGCCAUUUCGUUCUAUAUCUCCGCCAGUAUACCGUCUACUGUCCUCAACAUGGAGAGUGAGGCGUUCCUGCUAUCGAAACGGCGCAUCGCGAACGUAACGUACGAAAACGAACGUUACAACGAAACGCUGGAGAACAUCGACUUCGCUUACGUCACGUUUCGUAACGUAACGUUUCGCGAUAUGCUGAUGUCGCACGUCGCGUUCUACAACACAACGUUCCUGAAUGUUGCCUUUGCCAACAUCAAAACGUCGUAUACGACUUUCAAGGGAUGCCUCUUCGUUAAUUCCACUAUGAUAGACACAGAUAUCGAGAUAGGUCGCGAGUUGGAAUCCGAUUGUACGUUGACCGGUAGCGUCGUGCGCGGUGUGAAAGGGGGUUGUAGCCGCCACGCGGAUCUGACUUCUACCCUGGGAGGUCCCUUGGCCGAAAAUACGUACGGCGCGUACGCGGCUUUACUGGCUGCCAUACCAGUUGCUGCUCCUCACAGUCUAAGACCGCCAGUGAUACUGUGCGGUGCCUUAGUACUGCUGUCUCCUACUCUUUACUUCGCGCAGAUAGAGACGGCGCUAUACAUAGUGGAGGCCGCCUACAGACUGAUCGUGACCGUUAUAUUCUUCACUAUAAGCAUUAAGGUUGUCGAGUCCUAUCCAGCCAAUUUGAGAUGCACAUCGCACGGGCUCAUCCUUUCAAUAACGUACAUGUGCGGCACUGCAGUCCGAGGCAUGGGAGACUUCGGCCCACUCAUCAGCUGCAUCUUGUGCGCCCUCUUCGCUAUAACAGCCACCGCGCUGGCUGUAAGGAUACGAUAA